CCGGCGCCGGGCCCUCCCCCUGCCCCCCCUUCUCCUCCCUCCUUCCUUCCCUCCCUUCCUCCCUCUCUCCCUCCCUCCCAGCUCCUGCACCAGGAAACGGCCCGGAUCCCGGCAGCGGCCUGACCCGGCUCCAGGCUGGCCGGGAGGAUGAAAGGCCCCAGCUGGGGGCUCCUUGCCACCAGUGCUGGGUCCUAAGAGCUGCCAUCCAGGCUGGCCGCCCGGAUGGCGACCCCAGCCUCAGCCCCAGACACACGGGCUCUGGUGGCAGACUUUGUAGGCUAUAAGCUGAGGCAGAAAGGUUAUGUCUGUGGAGCUGGCCCAGGGGAGGGCCCAGCAGCUGACCCGCUGCACCAAGCCAUGCGGGCAGCUGGAGAUGAGUUCGAGACCCGCUUCCGGCGUACCUUCUCUGAUCUGGCAGCUCAGCUGCAUGUGACCCCAGGCUCAGCCCAGCAGCGCUUCACCCAGGUCUCCGAUGAACUUUUCCAAGGGGGCCCCAACUGGGGCCGCCUUGUGGCCUUCUUCGUCUUUGGGGCUGCACUGUGUGCUGAGAGUGUCAACAAGGAGAUGGAGCCACUGGUGGGACAAGUGCAGGAGUGGAUGGUGGCCUACCUGGAGACACGGCUGGCCGACUGGAUCCACAGCAGUGGGGGCUGGGCGGAGUUCACAGCUCUAUACGGGGACGGGGCCCUGGAGGAGGCGCGGCGUCUGCGGGAGGGGAACUGGGCAUCAGUGAGGACAGUGCUGACGGGGGCCGUGGCACUGGGGGCCCUGGUAACUGUAGGGGCCUUUUUCGCUAGCAAGUGAGAAAGUCCCAGGGCCAGGUGGGGCUAGGUAUGGCUGGGGGCCAGGAGAGCAGGAACAGAACAGAGAAAUGCCCUUGGAAGAAGUGGAGUGAAUGGAUGGGCGGGCAUGGAGCAGGGAUGGGCAGGGGAAAGGUAGUGUGUGAGGGAGCUGAGUAUGCCAGGCAGGCAAUUGGAAGAGUGAGCUGGAGACAUUGGGGAAUGUUUUGGGAAGGUCAAGGGAGCAGGAGAUGGAGUCAUUCCAGGGUUGGGGGGAGGAGGGAGGGAUCAUGCCUAUAGGUGUGGGCACGUGAAACUACCUGGAGCCUGGUUUGCAGCCCUGAGGAAAGUGGACUUUCAUGAGGGUUGCGUCUCCAUUGGAUGACUGGGAUUUGGGGAACGCAGAAGGCACAUCCCUUUGGAAUGGAAACUCAAGGUUCUCAGGUGAUAGGAAGAGGUGGCUGUGACAGUGGGCUGCUUGGACACACGUGUGCAUGUGCACGCGUGCUCGUGUGCAUGCUGGGCUGCUUGUCUAAUCUAAUCUGGUGGUGGUGGGAUUCCUCAAGGAGAAAACAUUCCUCUUGUCAUGGCAAGAACAAGGGGCAGUUCUCUGUCCCUCCUCCUAACCUUCUCCCCACCUCCACAUUUCCCCUCCCCUUGCCCUGAUGCCAGAAAGUCCUUAGCAGGACUUUGGAGACAAGAACGGUUCUGCAGUUGGCCUCGUUCCUUCAUCAUCCCCCUUCCUUGUGCAUCUCACACUUGCUGCUGCCUCCUGGGCUCUGACAGAAGGACAGGGCUGUGGAGACUUGGUGGGUGGAGGCUUAGGUAGCUGGACUUGCCUGCCACCCUCCCCUCCCACUGGGGCACAGUGGUGCCUGAAGUGUACCCUAUCUCUGGGACCUCUGUAUCCAAACUGAAACUCUAAAUUGGGGCCCUAAUUUUUCUUUUGAGAGGGUGGAUGUAAAUGCCAAUCUAGAAUACACUCUGGGUCCUGCACUGUGUCUCAGUGAGACUGUUUCUGCCUUGAGAGGACCAUUCCAGCUCUGAACCCCAUGGGUGUGAGGGUGAUGGGUACUCCAUGACUGGCCUAUUCUGUGUGGUGGGCUUUGGUGCUGCUUUAUCAGGGGCCAGGAGUAUGGGUUCUAGAGUACCUACCAUGACCGAGAAGCAUUUACAUUUUCUUUGAAACCACGCUGUUUGCAUGAGUGUUACUUGUCUGUACCUCAGAGUCUGAGGAUAACUUUAGAACUCACAGUCCUCUAGAACAGAUUCGGAUUAUAGCUUUUUCUUUUGAGGAAGAAAUGAUUCACUCCAGUUGCAUGCCCUGAGCCAGACCUCACUGCUGCACUUUCCAAGGUGCUAAAAUUGCUGCUCUCCAAUGCUGACUUUCAGAAACAGUGCUCUAGAACCCUGACCAUGAUCCUGAGCACUGAUCAGCUUAGCUAGACCAUGGUUGACUCUUCUUGGAGAUUUUCACUUGGUCCCAGAAUGUGGCAACAUAGUUGUGCUUGAUAGAAUGUGGGACCAAAUUGGCCUCAGGGGUUUAGUCCAGACUUUUGCUUUUGAGAGAGGACUGCACUUUCUAGUGGUAUUUAUAGGGGAGGUGGUUGACUGCAUGUGCUACUUGGUCUGUUGUGAGUAUGCUGAUACCAGAAACUCAGAGCUGGUCUGUGGCAAGCAGUGGGGUGGGGGGUCUCUGACUUUGCUCAGGACAAACUAGGCCAGUGGUUUUCAAACUGCUUGGCAGAGCCCCGAAGUUUCCUAGGAGUUGCCUCAGGAGUCCUUGGGGAGAUGAAGGGGGUAGGGGGGCUGAGCAGGCUGGGCAACUUGCCCUCAAACAGAACAGCUCCCCUUGUAGCUGUCUUACAUAUCGGGGUUCAGGGUAAGAUUUUAUUUGCAUUAAGGGAUUUGUUGCUAAAAAAAAAAAAAGUUGGAAAACCACUGACUAGAUCAUUAGCUCCAAAUUGGAGCCUGUGCUCCCUCAGGUUUGGGGCAGACUCUUCACCCUACCCUCUACCACAGGACGCCAUCCCAGUUAGCAUUCCUGCAGGCCUUUAGCAAACAGGGGCAGCAGGGACCAUGGCCAGAUUACCAAAAUGUUCUGCUUUGAGGCCCUCACACCUGGGUAGAAGGAGAGGCUAUUUUCUGAAAAGGUAAAGGGCUUGGUCUGGAUUCCCAGAAGUAUAGCUUGGAUGGGACCACAGGGGGUAGUUUUGACCUGUCCUGCCCUUCUUAGUUGGAGGGGCAAUGGAAACCCCAGAGACCCUUCUGUCAGGGAAAACUAGGGACUCUCUUCUAGAGCCAUAUAGUUGCUUGGGAUUAGCUCUUGGCCAAGACGGCUGAGUAUGGCUCCCAAUUUUUAAAUCCAUUUCCUUUUUUAAAAAAAUAAGGGAAAUAAAUAUAAUUGUCAUUUUUCAAAGAUAAAAUAGGUGGAGAGGGUGUUUCUUGCUCUCCAGAGCCCAAAGGGACAAAUAGGGACUUUGCUUAGGCCAAGGAAGGAGCGGAAAUAGGGCAACUCGGUCCUAAGAUUAUUAAUCCUCCUCUCCCACUCCCCACUUAUUCUAGGGCAUACAUACACUAUUUUACUUUUUUAAAUCAUAAAACAACAGAACAGAUUUGGUUAGUUUAGAAGAAAAGAAGAAGCUCUAUAAAUAUAAAUAUAUAUUCCUGUAUUUUUAUUUAAUAAUUUAUAAAUACCAAGUUCAUUUGACUUUUAUUUUUGUGUAAUAUGUAAUUGUCGUAUUAAAAAAAUAAAUAAAGCCCAGAGUUUAAUGAGAAGG